AGGGCAAAUAGUGGAAAAUUUUUAGGGGGCAGUACAAUUCAUUUUCAUCUAAGCUCAUCCAUAUACAAGUUUAGAGUGAAGCGGUCCAUGCCUUCAUGGAGAACCAAUACAAGAUGUCAGUGACAUAAAAGAUAAGAUUUUCAAUUAACUACUCAACUCUAUCCACACCCAAACACAAACUUCCUCUCCAUUUUUGUAGCUAAGCAAUAAGCAUGACUUCUUUUCUAACUCACCCUUCAUUGCACACAUUCCUCAACUGUCCUAAACUCCAUUUCUCACACAACCCAAAACCCUUAAGAUUCACAAUCACUUAUGCAUCCCUCCCAGCAAGAGACAGAAUCAUUGAUUUUGGGAAAUACAAGGGAAGAAUGCUAGGGACUCUACCUUCAACUUACCUGAAAUGGGUAUCAAACAAUCUUAGAGCAAGAGAUUUUGAGGAAUGGGCUAACCUUGCUGAUCAAGUCCUCCAAGACCCAAUUUACAACGACCGAGUAGAGUGGGAGUAUGCUCAAAAACUCCUGAACGGCGACGUAUUGAAUACUAACUCAAAAUCUGAAUCUGAAGGUAUUGUUACUGAUUUGCUUGAAAUUAGUGAGAGAUUUGGAUGGGAUAAUGAGGAUAAGAUUGGGUGGAAAAAGAUUGAUUUCGAAAUGCUUGGAACAUCUAAAGGAGGGAGGAUUCCGAGAGUGAAAGUUAAAAAAGAUGACGAGUUAAUCAAAUCGAAGAUUGAUGAAGAUAGAAAGGUUGAAUUAAGGGAGAAAAGAGAUGAGAGAAGAGAUAGGGUGAGAUCGAGGAGAUCGAUUCAUAGUGAAAAUAAGAAAAUUAGGGUUAAGAAUGUGGUUGAGAUUGAGAGUAAAGAUGAAAGGAAUAAGAAUUUGAAGGGUAAAGAGAAAUUUGAAUCAAAUACAGAGGUUUACAAUCCUUUUCCUGGAAGAGAAAUGCUAUUACGAAAGGUUAUCAAUCGGAGAGGAAUCAAAUUAGAUAUAUAAGAAUUACAACCAGAAAACCUAAUUAGGAAUUGCCCAAUUUCAUGAAUCAUCAAGGUUUUAAAUCGACAUAUUCAUGAUUAUUCCACCAUUGUUAAUGUUUAAGCAUAAAUUUUGAUAUUUAAGGUUGAUUUCGUUAUCAGCCUCCGUCGCCUCUAGUCGUGCUAUUGCCGCUGACGUUCGGUCUGUUUUUCGGUUCAGAGAUUCCUUCGAUUCUAGAAAAUUUGAUAUUAAUAAUUUAACUUUUUACUCAGCGAACGAUUUCAUCUUUAUAUUAUUUUUUAAUAAUUUAAUUUUUGUCUUUAGUUUGUUAUAGCACACCAUUUUAUUUAAUAAUAAUUCAACUUUUACUCUCA